AUGGGUGAAGCCGAACGUCGUAUGUCAUUCUUCUCGCAAAGUUUGUCAACCCCGAUACCGGAUCCACUGCCAAUUCAAAAUAUGCCAACGUUCACCGUCUUGACUCCUCAUUACUCGGAGAAGAUUCUCCUGUCCCUUCGAGAAAUCAUCCGUGAAAAGGAUAAGAACACCAAAGUUACCUUGCUGGAAUAUCUGAAGCAGCUGCACCCAGAAGAAUGGGACAAUUUCGUCAGGGACACUAAAAUUCUCAUCGAAAAAAAUGACAUGGAAAGUCAAUUUGAAGAGGGCCCAUUGAAAGAAACCAAAGACAGAAAUAAGCAUGAUUUGGCCUUCUAUUCGGUGGGCUUCAAAUCGUCGGCACCAGAAUACACCACGCGUACACGCAUAUGGGCGUCUCUUCGAUCUCAAACGCUAUAUCGCACGAUCUCUGGGUUUAUGAACUAUUCGAAGGCGAUUAAGCUUUUGUACCACGUGGAAAAUCCCGAUAUUGCAGCUAUUUUUUCUGGCGAUCAAGAUAAACUCAAGGAAGAAGUCACUACUAUGGCCCGCCGAAAAUUCAAAUUUGUGGUGUCCAUGCAGCGUUACAACGAUUUCAACGACGAAGAGCGUGAGAAUGUGGAAUUCCUGUUGCAAACUUAUCCCGAUCUGCAGAUCGCUUAUCUCGACGAAGUUCCGGCUGAGAACGAGGGCGAGGAGUCGAAAAUAUUCUCUGUGUUGAUCGACGGUCAUUGUGAAUUGUUGAAUGGGAAGAGGAAACCGAAAUAUCGUAUCCAACUUCCCGGCAAUCCAAUUCUUGGGGAUGGUAAAUCUGACAAUCAAAAUCACGCCAUCAUCUUUUGUCGCGGCGAAUAUUUGCAACUGGUGGAUGCUAAUCAGGACAACUAUCUUGAGGAGUGUCUCAAGAUUCGCAGCAUUCUCAAGGAAUUCGAGCAAUAUGAGACCUCCACCUCACCGUACUCUUCGACCACCGAACCAUCCCAGAAGGAACCGGUAGCGAUUGUAGGUGCCCGAGAGUACAUUUUCUCCGAGAACUAUGGUGUUCUUGGCGAUGUGGCUGCUGCCAAAGAGCAAACUUUCGGUACAUUGACUCAAAGGAUCAUGGCUCAAAUCGGUGGUCGAUUGCACUAUGGACAUCCUGAUUUCUUGAACGCUAUAUUCAUGACAACUCGGGGUGGUAUAUCAAAAGCGCAAAAGGGUUUACACCUUAACGAAGAUAUCUAUGCCGGUAUAAAUGCGUUCAGUCGUGGCGGGCGCAUCAAACACGCGGAAUACUAUCAAUGCGGUAAAGGUCGUGAUCUCGGCUUCGGCUCCAUUCUUCACUUCACCACUAAAAUCGGAACCGGCAUGGGUGAACAGAUGCUAUCUCGCGAGUAUUACUACCUGGGGACGCAGCUUCCUCUAGAUCGCUUCUUAACCUUUUAUUACGCCCACCCCGGCUUUCAUGUGAACAAUAUUUUCAUUAUGUUGUCGAUUCAACUAUUUGUGUUUGGCAUGGUGUUUAUCGGUGUGAUGGUGACGACAUUGACAGUGUGCGAUUUCAAUCCCGAUCCAAAUGCACCACUCCGUCCUCCAGGAUGCUACAAUCUUAAUCCCGUGUUCGAUUGGAUCAAACGUUCAAUCGUUUCUAUCGCCGUGGUAUUCCUAAUAGCAUUCCUGCCAUUGUUCCUUCAGGAAUUUGCCGAACGAGGCUUAUUGCGUAGUACCCUCCGUCUUGGGAAACAUUUGUUAUCACUUUCGCCCUUCUUUGAGGUCUUCAUAACGCAGAUUUACAGACACAGUAUCACGACAAAUCUUAAUUUUGGCGGUGCUCGAUAUAUCGAGAGUGGUCGUGGAUUUGCAACCGCCCGUAUCCCAUUUUCGACGUUGUAUGCACGUUUUUCCUGUCCGAGCAUCUAUUUUGGUAUGAGGACGCUUCUGGAGUUGAUUCUUGUGACCAUGACCAUACGACUACCACAUCUGGGAUACUUUUGGUUGUCAGUUGUUGCCUUGGCGAUAUCUCCGUUCCUAUUCAACCCUCAUCAAUUCUCUUUCACCGAUUUCAUCAUUGACUAUCGAGAGUUUUUGCGAUGGAUGUCGCGCGGUAAUUCAAAAACCCACGCAAGUUCUUGGAUCUCAUUCUGUCGUAUGUCCAGGACAAUGAUCACCGGGUACAAACGCCGAAGAUCAGGUCAUCCGUCCGAGAAAUCUGUUAGUGAUGUCCCCCGUCCAAGUUUCGUUGUGAUCUUCGCAUCAGAAAUCUUCUUGCCACUUUUGUCGGCAGCACUCUGCGUCUUGGCAUUCGCAUUUGUCAAAACCUAUAAUCCACAGAAUCCCGGGAAACCAAAUGACGGUCUCAGUGCGAUCAUCCUUGUUUGCGUCAUAGCCCUCAUGCCUGUCUUGAUGAACGCAACAAUGCUGGCGGUUCUUUUCUUCGUAUCGUUCUUGAUUGGUCCGCUGAUGAACUAUUGUUUUCCCAAGUUUGGAUCCACGAUUGCGGCGAUCGCACAUGCCUGGUCAGUUCUCAACAUGAUUAUAGUUUUCGAACUUUUGUGGUUCAUAAACUCCUGGAAUUUUCCCGAUGCCGUUCUGGGUGUUAUCACGCUGGUUGCAAUUCAGCGACUCAUCUUCAAAUUUUUUAUUGUAUUAUUCUUAACACGUGAAUUCAAGCAUGAUGAGGCCAAUAGAGCGUGGUGGACGGGAAAGUGGUACGGUCGUGGACUGGGCGGAUCAUCAUUUACACAACCUUUCCGAGAAUACAUCUGUAAAAUAGUUGAAAUGUCUCUUUUCGCAACGGACUUUAUACUUGGUCAUAUUAUUCUAUUCAUGUUAGCACCCAUAUGCUUGAUACCUUGGAUUGAUAAUUUUCAUUCUAUCAUGUUGUUCUGGUUGAAGACAAGUAAACGAAUCAGGGAACCGAUAUUUUCGCAGAAACAGAGGCGACAAAGGUCGCGCAUGAUUUGGACAUAUGGGCUCUUAUUUUUAGUCAUGUAUCUUACAUUCAUAGGACUAAUUGCUGGGCCAACGGUAGUUGGUUCAAAGUUAAAAUAUAAGUUGAACUUGCCAAUAUAA